GCAUACCUCAUCUUAUCAGAUAUAUAAGGACAUCAGCGCCCCAUUGAUUUUCCCCCAAAUUAAAUACCUCCAAUAUGGGCCAAUUAUCGUCACAAGGCAAUAACGCCAUAAUAUAUCUCACCUAUGCGUUCCUCUUAGCUACUGGAUUGUUCUUGGCGUUCAAAUACUCCAAGAGCGCAACCUUCUUGUCCUCCAAUGGUACUCAGAGAGCCGCUCCUUUGGUGUUGAAUUUCGUUGCAUCAGCCAUGGGAUGUGGAGUUUUGACCACGUAUGCCCAGAUAGCUAACAUCUCGGGCUUACACGGAUUAUUGGUAUACACCAUCUGUGGAGCAAUCCCCAUUGCUUCGUUUGGGUUUUUUGGGCCCAUCAUCAGGAAAAAGUGCCCUGAUGGCUUUAUUUUGAGUGAGUGGGUCAGACACAGGUUUGGGAUUGUUACUGCAUUGUACUUGUCGCUAUUUACGUGCUUGACGAUGUUUUUGUACAUGGUUGCUGAAUUGUCGUCUGUGAGCUUGGCAAUUGAAACCUUAACGGGAUUAGAUGCUUUAGGGGCCGUCAUUGUUGAGUGUGUGGUCACCACCAUCUACACCUCUGUAGGAGGCUUUAAGGUGAGUUUCAUCACCGAUAACUUUCAGGGGGCUUUGGUGUUGUUGCUUAUAAUCAUAUGUGCGGCAGGAAUGGGGUCUUAUAUCGACAUAGACACCUCCAAAAUAGGCCCUUCCCACUUGCUUCAGGCCAAUAAGUUAGGCUGGGAGUUGAUCUACGUAUUUUUUGUGGCUGUUGGUACAAAUGCCUUCUUCUUGAACUCGUUUUGGUUGAGAACUUUUGCUAGUAAGUCCGAUAGAGGUUUGGCUAUCGGUACAUCAGUUUCGGCUGUGAUAGUGAUGGUCAUUUGUACCUUGGUAGGAGUGCCAGGGUUUUUGGCCGUGUGGUCGGGUGAUUUGACGGUGGGGGAUGAGAACGGGUCUAUGGCCUUUUUCAUUCUUCUUGCCAAGAUGCCUGGGUGGAUCAUCGCGUUUGUUUUGAUCUUCACCAUCACCAUUUCCACUUGUACUUUUGACUCUUUGCAGUCUGCCUUUGUGUCAACCAUCUCCAAUGAUAUCUUUAGAAACAGGCUUAAGACCAUCUGGGUUAGAGCAAUGGUGGUGAUAAUGAUUGUACCGAUUGUGGUGUUGGCCGUCAAAGUGGCAGAUAAUAUCUUACAGAUUUAUUUGAUUGCUGACUUGAUUUCGAGCUCUAUCAUCCCAAUCAUAUUCUUAGGUUUGAGUGACCGGUUCUUUUGGUUUUUGACGGGAGUGGAUGUGAUGGUUGGAGGAUUAGGAGCUUUGGUUGCAAUUUUUAUCUUUGGAACCGUCUAUUAUGGAACCGCCAAAGAAGGGGGGAAGUUGUUAUUGAUUUGGAACGGAUUAUAUGAUGCUGAAGACUGGGGUGCCUUUGGGGCGUUUGUAAUUGCCCCAUUUGGUGGGAUUUUAAUUGCAUUAGUGUGUGUUGUCGCCCGAGUGGGUGCGAUUUGGGUGUAUUGCAAAAUCACCAAAAAACCAUUUACGGCUUUGCAAAGACCCGUUCCGGUCGAGAUUGUGGAAGAAGAAUUUGACAGUGCCUAUGGGUCCACCAACGCUAAGUCAGACGAUUAGUGAUUCACAGGACAAUGCUUUCUUGUUUAAUCACGCGCCUGUCUAAUGUGGAUCUCGGUUCCAUCUUCUUAUUCCCCUAUUCUACUACUAUACAACAGUCCUAGAGUCCUUAUUGUCCCCGUUCACAAAAGAAGUGAAUAUUUUAUCUACUAUUCAGGGAAAUAGUAAACUAUACUUAAUUAUAAUUACGAUGACCUUUUAUUCCUCAUACUGUUGGGAUUUUGGACAUCAUUAUCAAGUGUGAUUUCUCUUUGAGUUUCUUCUUCGAAACGGUUUACACUUUCUUUAGCAAUAAUAUACAGAUACUCAGGGUCCUUCUUACGCCACACCUCGAUAAACUCUUUGAUCCGCUGAGAUUGGAAACUUUCAACUUCUGGCGUGUCAUCACUUUCCUCACUUUCCUCUGUAGGUGGGUUGUAGUGUGAGAAUAUAAACUUUCCCUUAUCCAUAAACAUAUUUUCGUAGUUGACAGCAAAAUACGGCUAAACCGGCGUUCUCUAUGGUGAUCAAUCCCUUUAAACCCUUUAAAUAAUCCUCCUGUGUCUUCGGCUUCUUUGUCAAC